AUGGAACUGCUCAUUUCGAAAAAAAUAAUUUUGUCUUUAUUAUUACUAGCGACUAUAUCCUUGUACGUAACGUUCGUUUUUAAUUCUUGUGUAAUUUCCAGUCUCUCUAAAGCCAUACCUAAAUGGCAAAAUCAUCCAGUCGUUGUAAAUGAAAUACCUUUGGUGCACUACACAUCUGUACGAGUAGUCUCGCUAAUAGAAGAAAACGAAACUGACAUAUCUCCAAAAUACAAAUUUUUUAGAGAACAAGGUUUGCGACCGGAGAGGCAACUACCGAGCGCAUUAAUAAUCGGGGUGAAAAAGGGCGGAACGAGAGCCCUGCUGGAAUUCAUCAGAAUCCACCCAGACGUGAGAGCAGCGGGCAGCGAAGUGCACUUCUUUGACAAGAACUACGCAAAGGGUUUCCAGUGGUACAGGAGCCACAUGCCGGCGACCUUAGAAGGACAGCUCACAAUCGAAAAGACUCCGAGUUACUUCAUAACGCGCGAGGCGCCUCAUCGGGUGCACCUAAUGAAUCCCUCCACUAAGUUACUGAUAGUCGUAAGAGACCCCGUCACCAGGGCCAUAUCUGAUUAUGCUCAAGCCAUUUCUAAAAAGAUUGAUAUGAAACCAUUCGAACAACUGUUAUUUGUUAAUGGGUCAAUCGGGAGUAUUAUCGAUACUUCUUGGGGCCCUGUUAAACUAGGAAUUUACUCCAGGUAUCUCUCGAGAUGGUUGAAAUUUUUUCCGUUAUCGCAAUUUCUGUUUGUCAGCGGGGAACGAUUGGUUUUGGAUCCGGCCAUCGAAUUGAGGCGAGUGCAAGAUUUUUUAGGGCUCAAGCGAGUGGUUACGGAGAAGCAUUUCUAUUUCAACUCCACCAAAGGGUUUCCUUGUUUGUUCAAAAGCGAAGGUCACUCGGCGCCCCAUUGUCUAGGUAAAACAAAGGGCCGGAAUCACCCUUACGUCAAUCCUGUGGUAUUGCAAAGAUUGAGGGAUUUUUACAGGCCCUUCAAUAACCAUUUUUAUCAAAUAACCGGCAUCAAUUUCGGUUGGGCCUGA